GCACUCAAGUUGACGUUUCCCUCGAACGUUGGACAGACAGCUCGUACACUGGGCUGUGCCUACCAGUGUCUGAUCCGAGUCGUCGUGGUUCCCCAUUUAGCUAGCUAGUAGCUGUGUGUUUUUUUUUACUGAGAAGACGUAGGCUGUACAGAAACAUAUCAGGGUCAUUUUUGUGGGCAGCACUUUUUCUCCCUUCUCCUGGUUUUUCUUUUUGUUUGACAUUUUUUGUUUGUUUAAAUUUUUUUGUUUAAGUUUGGUGAGGAGAAAGAAACUUUGCCAUCACAGAGCUGCAACCUGUUGUUUUGAUGGUCUGGGGUCAGUCUGUACCCACCGACGGACACAAGCCUUUUGGGUCUAACGGAUCACUGGAGGAAACAUGAGCACAGCCAGGCCCAGUGGGAUCAAAGGGCCCAGCAAGAUAGCUAGGCCACCUGGGACAGCAGCCCCCAAGACCAACCCCAGCACAGCGGGAGCUAAAGCUGCUGCGGCCGACAAAUCAGCUGCAAGUGCCAGUGGAGGAGAUGCCGGGGAGAGUGCUGGGGAGAUCUUUCAGAUUGGGGAGCGAGUAUGGGUAAAUGGGAAUAAGCCAGGCUACAUACAGUUUCUGGGAGAGGCACAGUUUGCUCCAGGACAGUGGGCAGGGAUUGUUCUGGAUGAGCCAAUUGGGAAGAAUGAUGGGUCGGUGGCAGGGGUGCGCUACUUCCAGUGUGAAGCCCUGCGAGGAAUUUUUACCCGCCCAUCCAAGUUGUCUCGCACAGAGGGGGAGGCUAACGGAACUGAGACAGCACCCCCCUCCCGUGCUGCAUCACCCACUCCUUCAGUUGGCAGCGUAUCCUCGCAUACACCUGCCACAAAAUCAACAUCACCUACCACUGCAACCAAGAAGGCCUCCUCCACUGCACCAGCUACGCCAGUUACACCAUCCUCCAACCUCCCACGCACAAACAGUGAAUCUGUCUCCAACCUCUCUGAGACUGGGUCAGUCAAGAAGGGGGAAAGGGAGCUGAAGAUGGGUGACAGAGUAUUGGUUGGUGGUACAAAGGCAGGAGUGGUACGUUUCCUCGGAGAAACAGAUUUUGCCAAAGGCGAGUGGUGUGGUGUGGAAUUGGAUGAGCCCUUAGGAAAGAAUGACGGGGCAGUGGCAGGCACAAGAUAUUUUCAGUGCCAACCCAAGUAUGGUUUAUUUGCUCCAGUGCACAAAGUCACACGCAUUGGCUUCCCUUCCACCACGCCAGCCAAAGCAAAAACAACGGUUCGGAAAGUAGUGGCCACACCAUCAGGGCUAAAGCGAAGCCCUAGCGCCUCCUCCAUCAGUACCAUGAGCUCUGUGGCAUCCUCUGUCAGUGCCAAGCCCAGCCGCACAGGCCUGCUAACAGAGACAUCAUCACGGUAUAAUCGUAAGAUUUCAGGCACCACAGCCCUGCAGGAGGCCCUAAAGGAGAAGCAGCAGCACAUUGAGCAGCUAAUGGCUGAGAGGGAUAUGGAGAGAGCUGAAGUUGCCAAGGCCACUGGCCAUGUUGGAGAGAUGGAGCAAGAAAUUGGCCUGCUGAGGGUUGAUCAGGAGCAGAUGGAGGCCAAGAUGGAUCAGUUGCGUGCCUUGGUAGAAGCUGCAGACAAAGACAAAGUGGAGCUGCUGAAUCAGCUGGAGGAGGAGCGUAGGAAGGUGGAGGACCUUCAGUUCCGCGUAGAAGAAGCUUGCAUUACCAAAGGAGACCUGGAGAGUAAUUUUAAUACAGUAGGCUUGGAUUACUCAUUGUCUUCUCAAACGCAGACCAGACUGGAGCAUGCCCACAUUAAGGAGCUUGAACAGAGCCUACUCUUUGAAAAGACCAAAGCUGAGAAACUCCAAAGAGAGUUAGAAGACACUAGGGUUGCUACUGUGUCGGAAAGAUCUCGUAUUAUGGACCUUGAGAGGGACCUUUCACUGCGAACAAGAGAGGUAGCAGACCUGCAGCUGCGUCUUGGGACCCAACAGGGCUCUGAGGACUCAAACUCUACGGUUUCUCCCCUUCUGGAAGAAAUAAACUCUCUGAGAGAUCAGUUGGCUUCCCAAGAAGCUAAGCAGAAAGAAGAGCUGAAAAAGUACAAGGAGAAGCUUGAAGCUCAAGAAAAGACCCAUAGUGAGGCAGCUGCCCAGGUUCAAGCUACAUCUAUAAGGCUCUCUGGUGACAACGAGCAGUUGCAGAUGCGCUUAAGCCAUGCUGAGAAGGAGAAUGCUGACAUUAUUGAACUGUGGCGUUCCAAGUUGGAGUCUGCAAUUGCCUCUCACCAGCAAGCCAUGGAGGAGCUAAAGGUGUCCUCCAGCAAAGGCUCAGGUGCCCAGACAGAACAACUUAUCGAAACCAAAAGUGCUCUAGAGAAGCUGAACAUAGAGCACAAGUUGGCUCUUGAGGAGGCUGGAGCCAAACAUGAGGCUGAUGCUGCAGCUUGGACUCGGGAGAAGCAGGCACUGAAGGCACAGCUGUUGUCUUUGAUUGAGGACAAGGAGCAACUGGAGGAGUCCCUACGGUCCAGUGUUGAAAGAGCAGAGGAGCAGCACCUUGUGGAGAUGGAGGAUGUUCUUGGAAAACUUCAUGCUGCCGAACUUACGGUGAAGGAGCUUGAGGAGAAAGAAGGGAUGUCGGCACAGCAGGCCCAAGACAAGGACCGACAAACCAAAGAACAGAUGUCAGAAAUUGUGGCUCUGCGCAGCCAAGUAGCACAAAGUAACCAGGAGCUUGGGACCCUGAAGAGUCAAUUAGAGAUGAUUCAGAGCCAAGGGAACAACCAGGGUGCCAUGGUUAGUGAAUUGAGCUCACAGUUGGAGGGCCGACAGCAGGAAGUCCUCUCUUUACAGCAGAGUCUGACAACUGUACAGCAGGAGAAGGACAUCCUGGAACAAGAACUUGGAGGCCUGAAACAAAGGUUGGCUGAAAGCACAGAUGAGCAGACUAAAUCAUCAAACACUAUGCAAGAAACACUUGAGAAGCUCAGUAAGAAAAAAGAGCAGUGCACAUCUCUGACCACAGAAUCAGAGUCUCUUAGAAGUCAACUUUCCGGGCUGGAGAGAAAGCUGAAGGCUGCAGAUGAACGGCUUGAGCAGCUUUCAAAGGACAAAUUCAAGCUGGAAAAUGAUAUUUCAGACAUGAUGAAGACAUCCGGUGAUAGUUCAGUACAGCUGACCAAAAUGAAUGAAGAUCUCAUACAGAAAGAAAGGAGGCUUGAGGAGUUACAGAGUCAACUAUCAGAGGAGAAGGAGAAGGCGGUGCACUUGAAUGAACAACUCCAGCAGGAACAGUCCCGCAGAGAGCAGGAGCUGAAAGAGACCAGAGAUACACAUCAGUCUCAAAUAAGUAGCCUUCAGGACAAGAUUGCUAACUUGGAGAAGACUGUUAAACAGGGUGAGACUCUGGUUGAGGAGCUCAAGGCCUCACAGGAGAAAUCCUUGUCUCAGGCUUCAGAGCUCCAUGUGAAGGAACUUGAGGUUCUGCAAUGUCAGGUUGACAAGUGGAAGCAGGAGCUCUCCUCCUCCACGGACAAAACCCAGGAGCUGGAGAAGUUGGUAUCUGAGCUGCAGCCAUACAAGGAACAAGUUCAGUGUCUUUCUGCUGAGCUUGACUCCAACAAGCAUGAUGUUGAACAUUUGUCCAAAAAACUGGAAAAGCAGAGUCUAGAUCUGGAAAAUAUGUGUAAGGAAUGUGAGGAUGUAAAGGCUGAGAAAGGCAAACUGGAGAAACAUCUUUCAGAUGUGCAGACUAAGCUCUCUGCCCUUGAGAUUAGUCACCAAGAACUUUCAGUCCAGAAUGAAGAACUGCGAAUAACCAGAGAUAAGCUUUCAAAACAUCAAGAGGACCUACUUGCCAACAACAAGUGCUCCGAUGAAGAAAGGAUUUCAUUGAGUAAGGAGUUGGAGAAGCUGAAAUAUCUUCUUCAGGAAGUUCAGGCUGAAAACAACAACCUGAAAAAUGCUAAAGGUGAACACCAGGCUCAAAUUGAGGAGCUUCAAAGACAAAAUUCAGAGAAGAAUGACUUGCUCCUAAAGCAUCAGCAGGACAUCCAGCAAAUUGAGGCUAAAAACAAGCAACUACAUGACGAUUAUGAAAAUGUUUGCAAAGAGAAACACCAGCUUGAAGACAACUUCAAUGAAAGCAGGUCAAAGCUCACAUGUGAGAAGGACAAUCUCAUUUUAGAGAGAGAUUCUGCCAGAAAUGCCAAAAAAUCUCUUGAUGCCAAGAAUGCAGAGUUGCAGGCAAAACUUAAGUCAUUGAAAUUAGAAAAAGAAGAUCUUACAAUGAAGAACACCCAGCUGCAGGCCCUCACAGAAACCCUUACUAAUGAGAAGGUGGCGAUGUCUUCUGAAAUCAAUGCUGUCGUUUUGGAGAAAAAGAGCCUUGAGAUGGUGAAGGAGGAGCUCCAGAAUAAACUCAGUGUUACCAAGAAAGAUUUAGAGAGCUCUGUCCGUGAAUGUGAUGAACUUAAAGCCUCCAAAAUGAGCCUGGCCCAAAUGCUGGAAGAGUUCAAAACAAGCAGUCAGGUGACUGAUUCUGAGAGGCUUCACCUUCUGCAGGAGAAAGAAGACUUACUUGCGAUCCAAAGAAAAGUCUGUAAUGAGAAGGAAGAGCUCCUUGGAGAGCUAGAAGAGUUAAAAGAGAAGCUUACAGUCUCAACAGAAAAACUAUCAAAGUCCAAGGAGAAAUUUAAAGAAGCAUUAUCAUCUUUUGAGCAAGAAAAGCAAGCAUUUCGCCUUCAGAAUUCUGAAAUUGAGAUGGCUCUACAUGUUAUACGCAAAGAAAAGAUGAGCCUGGAUUCAGCACUAGAGCAGCAGAAGAUGGAUUAUGAGCGUUUGGCAGGAGAGAAGGGAGAAUUGGAAGAGAAGCACACAAAAACCAUAUCUGAAAAUAAUGCUCUUUCUCUUGAGCGCGAUAAGCUAGCUAGUGAGAUCCGAACAAAUGAGGACCAGUUGGAUAGUUACUCCAGAGCUAAUGACAGCUUUAUUCAAGAUAAGUCUCAUUUAACAGCAAUGCUAGAGGAAACCAAACACCAGAAAGACAAAGUUGAAGCAGAGAUGGCCUCUUUGAAACGAGAAAAGGCUGACCUACAAAAUGAGCUGCAGAAACAUAACUCUGAUAUUGAAAUUCUUGAAAAGGGCAAAACCGAACUUGUUCAAGAGCACAGUAAACUAAAAAUGGAGUUUGAGAAGGCUAAUUCAGAGCUUGUCCAACAGGUUGAUAAUCUUACCAAAGAUUGUCACCGUCUGCAAUUGUUGCAGACUGAAGCUGACAACAAAGCACAUUCCUUGCAGAAAGAGAACCAGGGUCUGCUUCAGGAGAUCCAGGAGUUAAAAUGUCAGACUGAAUCAAUAACAGGGGCCAAGCACCUUCUUGAGACCCAGCUACAGGCAGAGUCCAGUGAUCGGAAUAAAGCGAUAUCUGACAAGGAUGGUCUCUCCAAACAAAUUAAGGAGCUGCAGAAAACGUUGUCAAAAGUUUCACAAGAAAAUAAAGAUAUUUCUUCUAGCCUUACGAAUGCUAAUGAGCAAAAGAAGUCUUUUAUGGUGGAUAUUGAGGCUUUGAAAAUGCAAUUAAUGCAGCGAGAGCAAGAAACUAUUCAGUUGAUAGAAGAUAAAAAACAGCUAUUCUCUAAGCUUGAGGAUAUAGGCAAGCAGAUGACCGUCCUGACCACAGAGAAGGAAGACCUUUUAGCUGGACAGUGUAAACUGGAGCAGAACAUUUCUUCUCUCCACACAAGCCAAGAAAAUUGGCUCACUGAACGGUCAAAACUCCUUGGAGAGAUAGAAAAGUUGCACGCUAGCCAGACCCAACUAGAGGUUGAUGUCCAGGGCCUACAAACCGAUAAAGAACUUUUGGAAAAGCAAUGCAAGAAUGCUGUUGCAGAGGUAUCUGCUUCUGCCGUUGUGAAAGAAGAGAUUUCCUCCAGCAUCUCAAAUCUAACCGCUCAGAAGGAUGCCCUAAAGGUGGAGAGAGAUGAAGCCACCCAGCAAAUCAGGCAGCUGGAGUCCCAACUAAAAAAUGCCAUUUCUAAGCAGCUUGAGGCUUCAGAGGCCUCUGGCAAGACUGCUGAGGCUCUGGAACAGCUGACAAAAGAGAAGGCCAGUUUGAUGCAGGAGAAGAACGAAGCCCAAUCUCUAUUGGAAGAGCUCCGGAGCGCCAAGCAGAAGAUGGAGACACAGCUGAAAACAUUGAAGAAAGAUAAUUCCAAGUACCAGGAAGAUCUGAAUGUAUCCAAAGAGCAGCUUUGCAUAGAAACUCAGAGGACUGAGAGUCUGUGCCAGGAAAAUGAGGAGCUUAAAGAAGUUGUUACUGUGAAGACACAGUCCCUGCAGAUGCUGCAAGAUGAGAACAACAAGCUGACUCGGGAGAUUGAUAACAGUCACAAAGAGCAGAGUGAACUUGUGAAGCUCAAGGAUGAGCACUCAAAACUCAAAAAACAGUUGAAGCAAAGCCUGCCAAAUAAUGCCUUCAGUGAGAGCAGCUUGAAGGAGCAGUUUGAGAAGGAGAAGGCUGCCCUCCAACAGUCCAUCCAUAAAAACAGUGCCUUCAUUUCAGAAAAGGAGCAGCAGGUGGAAAAGCUGAUGAGCGAGCUGAUUGGACUGCGUGGGGAAAGUGCCUCAGUUGAGACACUGCAGGGUACAAUUCAGGCCUUGGAGCGGGACAAGGCUAAUCUACAGGGCCGUGUUCAAAGACUGGAGAAGGACCUGGCUGCAGGGCCUGACACCAACAAGUCCUCAGGUGAUGCAGUUUUGGACCAACUAAGGGAGGAUAAGGAGACUGCAGAGAGUCAGGCAGCGAUUGAGUUCCUGAAUUCAGUCAUCAUUGACCUCCAGAGGAAGAAUGAGGAACUCAAGGACAAACUGGAGAAAAUGGCAGCUGCUGCUCUCAAUGGGAAUAAUCCAAGUGAGCUGGAUAACUAUGACGGACAUGACAAGGAACCCGUGAAGAAGAAGGCUCCUCCUAGGUUGUUCUGUGACAUCUGCGACUGCUUCGACCUCCAUGACACCGAGGACUGUCCCACACAAAUGCAGAUGCCCGACUCCCCUCCACACACCACCUACCACGGCAAUAAGGGCGAAGAACGGUCCUACUGCGAUAUCUGUGAGGUCUUUGGCCACUGGACCGAAUCCUGUAAUGACGACCAGACCUUUUAAGCCUUUUUCCACCCUCGUUCGCACAAUCAGUAUAUUUGCACAUCAUGUUAGAUUACGCCGUGCUUUCAAAGUCUUGGUUUGUAUGUGUGCAUUUCGUGUGCUUGUUUCCGCCAAGCGUCUUUAUUGUCCAUGCCAGUCCAUAAGGGCUUAUAUUGGAGAAUGAUCUCCUCAGAAUCUCUUUCCAAAAAUUCACACAUCCUACACUGUGUGUGUGUGUGUGUGUGGGUUUGUGUGUGUGUGUGUGUGUGUGUGUGUGUGUGUCCUGGGUUUGUGUGUGUGUGUG